AUGACGUUUUGUCUUUGCUCUGACGCUUCUUGUCUACCAUUUCAGGCCGCUGAAAAAGCGAUACGUCAGGCCGAACGUUCUAAUGUGGCCAAGUUAUGUGUUGCUACCGACUCUAAAGCGGUAGUCCAUCAUGCAUCGGGCUCGAAAAUGUCCGGUGUUUCGGCACCCACGCGAGAUGCGAUCAAGGGCUUGCAAGGAACGUUAGCGAAAACACCAGUGGAGGUUAGCUGGAAGGUGGUCGAAGGACACUCGGGCAUCCCUGGGAAUGUGCGCGCGGACCAUCUGGCAAAGGCGGGCGCGGGCAUAGCCAAAUGACGCGUGCAUUUAGGUUGUCC